GCGUGUUAAUACAAAAACGUUUUUUUUUUUUCAGUUUAGUGUACUGGUGGUACGUGAUAGCUGUGAGGGUAAUAAAAAUUAAGAAUGUAAUCAAAAAAUUACGCAUCAAAAUUCGUUAAUUUGAAAGUUUCUCCCGUUUUACAAUUGAAAUAAGCCGACUAAGAAGACCAAUACAGUUUCUAACCUUAAUUUAGCUAAGAGUAUUGCUCUUAAAUAUUUAGUUACGUGGUACGUAUGGCUAGAAAUCUUUGUAAAAUAGAAAUAUUAAAAUGCGAAAUUCCGUUGUAACGGUUUCGUCCGUUUGGCGCGUUUUCCAUCCCCUCCCUUCGUGUAAAUUUGGCGCCCAUUUGGCCCACAAUAAAAAGAGCUGGGUCAGAAACGUCUCAUUUUUACGCGCCGUUUCGAAGGUGUUAAAUAAAUUUUGUAAAAGUAAUCUAACAGAAAUGCCUUCUGCUAACGAUAAGUCUCUCGUGAUCAAAUACACCAAAGCGAUUCCAGAAGCGUAUCCUCCAAGCAAAGGAUCAAUAAAAGCGGCAGGAUAUGACUUAAAAAGUGCUCUGGAUUGUGUGGUACCGGCACGAGGCAAAGCUCUGGUCGACACGGGCCUUAAAAUCGAAUUACCGGAAGGCUGUUAUGGAAGAAUCGCACCCAGAUCUGGAUUAGCUGUGAAGAAUUUUAUUGACGUUGGAGCCGGCGUCGUAGAUGAGGAUUAUAGGGGAGUUUUAAAGGUAGUUUUAUUUAACCACUCUGACUCAGAUUUCGAUAUUAAAAGUGGGGAUAGAAUUGCCCAACUCAUAUGCGAAAAAAUUUACUAUCCUGAUUUGGAGGAAGUACAGGAAUUAGGGGACACUGUCAGAGGUGAAGGUGGAUUUGGAUCUACUGGAACUAAAUAAUGUGAUUUUUUUUUUGGUAAAUGCUCCCUAAAUUUGGGUGUUUUUGUACUAGAAAAACAGUUUUUGAUUGUAUUAUUCUCCUUCACUGUUUUUCACUUGAUAGUAUUAUGUGUUCAAAUAUUUAAUUUAUGUUUAACCAAAUAUAUAAUUUAGUAACA